GUCUGCAGUCUCAGCAGUCGCGUGGAGCCGUUGUUAAAGUUUUAGUUAACUUGCGUGCCACGUAAUAGCUGCAUAAUGGUUCUCGAUCUAGACUUAUUCCGUGCUGACAAAGACGGCGACCCAGACAAGAUCCGUGAGAACCAACGCAAGCGAUUCAAAGAUGUCGCUUUGGUGGAUACUGUUGUUGAACAAGACACACUUUGGAGACGAUUGCGCCAUGAUGCUGACAACUUAAAUAAGCUGAAGAAUGUCUGCAGUAAAGAGAUCGGGCUGAAGAUGAAGGCCAAGGAGGCCGCGGGGCCGGAAGAUCAGGAAGUCCCGGCGGAAAUCGCCGAUAACCUCACAAAUCUUGUUGGUGAUCAGCUCAAACCGCUAACUGUAAAUCAAAUCAAAAAGGUCAGAGUACUUAUAGAUGAAGCAAUCACAAAGAAUGAGCAGAACCUCUUAACGGCAGAGAAAACUCGCUCAGCAGCGUUACGGGAAGUCGGCAAUCACCUGCAUGAGUCAGUGCCGGUGGACGAUGACGAGGACCACAAUAAGGUGGAGCGUACCCAUGGAGACUGCACUGUGCGGACCAAGUACUCACAUGUGGAUCUUAUCUGCAUGAUUGAUGGUAUGGAUGGCGACCGUGGCACAGCGGUUGCCGGCGGGCGCGGGUACUACCUUAAGGGCCCCGCCGUGUUUCUAGAGCAGGCUCUAGUACAACUCUCUCUACGUAUGCUGCUGGCUAAGGGCUACACCCCGCUCUACACUCCUUUCUUCAUGAGAAAAGAGGUGAUGCAAGAAGUGGCCCAACUAGCGCAGUUUGAUGAGGAACUGUACAAAGUGAUUGGAAAAGGCUCAGAAAAUAAGGGAGACUCCGCAGUCGAAGAGAAAUACCUCAUUGCUACCUCCGAGCAGCCCAUAGCAGCUUACCAUAGGGACGAGUGGCUGCCUGAAGCUUCCCUGCCUAUCAGAUAUGCCGGUCUGUCGACGUGUUUCCGGCAAGAAGUCGGCUCUCAUGGACGCGACACGCGCGGUAUAUUCAGGGUGCACCAGUUUGAAAAGGUAGAACAAUUCGUCCUAACCUCCCCCCACGACAACGCCUCCUGGCUCAUGAUGGAUGAGAUGAUCAGCAACGCGGAGGCAUUCUGCAAGGUCCUCGGCAUCCCGUACCGCGUGGUCAACAUAGUGUCGGGGGCUCUCAACCAUGCCGCGGCCAAGAAGCUGGACCUGGAGGCGUGGUUCCCAGGGUCUGGGGCUUAUAGGGAGCUGGUGUCGUGCAGCAACUGUCUGGAGUACCAGGCCCGGAGGCUGCUCGUCAGAUACGGGCAGACAAAGAAGAUGAACGCAGCCACAGAGUACGUGCACAUGCUCAACGCGACCAUGUGCGCCACCACCAGGGUUAUCUGCGCAGUGCUAGAAGUCAAUCAGACUGAGGAGGGCAUCAAGGUACCCGAAGCCCUAAAACCCUGGAUGCCGGAGCAGUACCAAGACCUGAUCCCGUUCGUGAAGCCCGCGCCCAUCGACCUUGAAGCCGCAGCAGCCGCCAAGAAGAAGGAGGGGAAGAAGAAGUAGUUUCACUUCGAAGAUAUUGACAUCG